CUGCUCCCGGCGCGGCGGGGGACGGCGGGGUGCAGCAGUAAGGAACCACAAUGCUCCCUAAGGAAAGGACCCCAGCCCAGGACAAAUGAUGGAGCACCGCAGCUAAGGGUUGCCCACUGAAGGGUGAGACAUGCAGUAGGAGCCAGUGCUUCCCACCACAGAGCGAGACUCAGUCGUGCCAGGCAGCCUUGGGCACCACGGGAGGGACAGGACAUGCACCACAUCAGCUGCCUCCUUUUGGGACUCUUCUUCAUCCUCAGCAUCACCAAUAUGGGUGGCUUUGCCCAGGCAGGCCGCAGGGUCUGUGCUGUGCCGCCGCAGAGCCGCCUGGCUGCCCGCACCGAGUCCCACGUCCAGCCUGUGUACCAGCCCUACCUCACCACCUGCCAGGGCCACCGCCUCUGCAGCACCUACAGGACCAUCUACAGGGUUGCCUACCGGCAGACCUACAGGCAGCUGCCCCAGUCCAUGGCCUCAUGCUGUCCUGGCUGGAGCAGAGCUGGCAGCCAUGCACUCAGCUGCAACAGAGCUCUCUGCUGGAUGCCUUGCCAGAACGGUGGGAGCUGCACCUUCCCUGGCAGAUGUGCCUGCCCACCUGGCUGGAUGGGCAGAGCCUGCCAGACAGACGUGGAUGAAUGUGCUGGGCAAAGCCACGGGUGCCAUCAGCUCUGCAUCAACACCGCCGGGAGCUACCACUGUGCCUGCCAGGAUGGCUUCAGCCUCGCUGCCGACCACAGAGCGUGCCAGCCCCUGGUGCCAGUGCCUGAGCCAGAAACCUUCAACCAAGCAGGUCCCCGGAGUGAAAUGAAGGAAGAAAUGAAAGACCUGAAGAGCAGAGUGGAAGCACUGGAGCAGAAACUCCAGUUGGUGCUGGCCCCCUUCCACGACCUCAUGCCCUCUGCACCGGAGGACGUCGGCACAGACCCCAUCAGCCGCCUGUCCCACUCCCUCCAGCAGCUGGACAGAAUCGACUCCCUGAGUGAGCAGAUCUCCUUCCUUGAGGAGCGACUGGAGACAUGUUCCUGCAAGAAUGAACUUUAACCAAGUGCCUGAGGAGCUGCAGCAAGCUGAGUGCAUCCACAGCUCUUAUCUCCUUCUCCACCCUCAGGCUGGGGACAAAGCCCAUCAUCCACAGGAAGGCACAGGGUAGCAGGAGAAGGCUGGUUUCCCAUCAGCAUCUCCAUUGUUUUCUCUUCCACCUCACCUUACCAAAGGUCACACAGUUACUUCCAAACUGGACUCUGAGCCCUCAGCAUCUCAACUCCCUUCCUGCUAGAGAGGCAGCAAAUAAAUGCCUUCCCCCCCUGCCACCAGUGCCCACCUGGCUGUGCCAGAGACUGGCUGUAUGUGAAGCCCUGUGCUGCUUGGCUGUGCCUGAUUUUUAGUCACCAUUACCUUGGGACAUCAUCUGCCAGGGCACAGGGGUGGGUGUGCUGCCUGCCCUGUGGAGCACAGACCUGGCCUGGGCAGGACAGUAGCUUGCCCCACCUGCUGCCACCCAGACAGGGUGGGGAUAAAUCACCUAAACUGUGUUUAGUUCUGGCUCCCUUGCUGAAAAAAGGACAUUGAGGUGCUGGAGUGUGUCCAGAGAAGGGCAAUGAGCCUGUCAAAAGGUCUGAAAAACAAGUCUUGUGAAGAACAGCUGAGAGAACUGGGCUGGUGUAGCCUGGAGAAAAGGAGGCUCAGGGAAGACCUGGAAGGAGGUUGUAGCAAGGUGGGGAUGAGACUCUUCUCCCAGUUAACAAGUGAUAGGACAAGAGGGAGUGGCCUCAAGUUGUGCUGGGAAUGGGUUAGAUUGGAUAUUGGGAAAAAAUAUUAAUCACUGGUACAGGCUGCCCAGGGGAAGCAGUAGGGUCACUGCCCCUGGAGGGGUUUAAAAGGCAGCCAGAUGAGGUGCUGAGGGACAUGGUUUAGUGGUAACUUGGUUGUGCUAUGUUAACAGUUGGACUUGAGGAUCUGAAAGGUCUCUUCCAACCAAAAAGGUUCUAUGACUCUUUAGUCCCAAGUCC